AUGGGGCGGUCGUUCGUGAUGGAGUUCGCUGAGGACCUGAUCCUGCGGCUGAUGGAGGAUCCGGCGGAGCGCGAUCGCAAGACGAGGGAGUACAUUUACGCUAUUAAGGCCCAGUGCAACAAGACCAAGGAGAUGUGGAGCCUCCCGCUCCGCCCCUACGGCUUCUGGACCUUCGACCGAUUCAAUGCUCAGAUGCGCUGGGACUCGCAGAUUAGUCAGGUACCCGGCCGCCGGGAUCCCUACGACGACAUCCUCCUUGAUAUCGAGAAGGCCGGGAACAGGACCGACCAGAAGUGA